CGCGCGUGCUGAAUGUGGAGUGAGUGAUCUGCGCGCUGAUGGCUUCGUCUCAGGGUAAAGGGGAGCUGCUGCGGCACGCAGACUGGAUGCACAACCUGCCCGCCAACCUGCACGCGCUGCCGCUCACCAACCUCGCCAUACCGGGAUCCCAUGACUCCUUCAGUUUCUACAUUGAUGAAGCAUCACCUGUUGGACCUGAACAACCCGAAACAGUGCAGAAUUUUGUCUCAGUUUUUGGAGCUGUGGCUAAAAAGCUGAUGAGGAAGUGGCUCGCAACGCAAACCAUGAACUUUUCCAGCCAGUUAGAGGCCGGGAUUCGAUUUUUUGACCUUCGUAUCUCCACCAAACCUCGAGAUCCUGAAAAUGAGCUGUACUUUGCCCAUGGGCUCUUCAGCGCUACAGUACGUGAAGGUUUGGAGCAGAUCAGUGCUUUUCUGUCCUCUCAUGCUCGAGAAAUUGUCUUUCUGGACUUUAAUCAUUUUUACGGUGUGCAGAACCUGCAUCAUGAAAAGUUGGUCCAGAUGCUGCGCACUGUGUUUGGAGACCGUCUCUGUCCCGUGGUUUUUGCUGAGGAAGUGAGUCUGAAGUAUUUAUGGGAGAAAGAGUACCAGGUGUUGGUGUUUUACCAUAGCCCAAUGGCCCUGGAGGUGCCAUUUCUGUGGCCAGGUCAAAUGAUGCCAUCUCCAUGGGCCAACACUACCGACCCGGAAAAACUCAUUCAGUUCCUCCAGACCUCAGUGACGGAGCGCAGACGGAAAGGAACGUUUUUUGUUUCCCAGGUGGUUCUGACACCCAAGGCAAGCACAGUUAUGAAAGGAGUUACCAGCGGACUUAGAGAGACCAUCACAGAGAGAGCUCUUCCAGGGAUGAUGCAGUGGAUUCGCUCUCAGCGUCCAGGCGAAAGUGGCGUUAACAUCAUCACGGCUGAUUUUGUGGAGCUUGGUGAUUUCAUAAGCGCUGUUAUUACUCUUAAUUAUUAUCUCGGUGAGGAUGAUGAAGAUGCCACCUGAACCCCUGCCUUCAAAUUCCACUUAUUGUUUUCCUGUGCUAGUUUUAAGUUUCAAAAAUUUGCCUUCCUCUCUGCUUUUAGGGCUAAGAAAAAAAAUGAAGGGCAUGAAUUUUGGAAAUUCAGAAGGCAGGAAUAAUGUGUGUAUGUCUUAGGCAUGUGCCAGUUAUCAAUUCCAUGACAUAUCCUUAUAUUUCACACCCACAAUAUUGUUAUCAUAGAGACUUUGAAAUAGUGUAGUUGCUCAGGAGGAGGUGGCCCUUUCAGAACAUACCAUAAGGAAGGUCACCUAAAGAUCUGUAUUUUGGAGAGAUUUGAAGGAGUCACAUUUCCUCUCUGAGAAGAUGAUGAUUUAACUGUGUCUCCUGGAUGAGAGUGAACAUGAAACGCUGACA